AUGUGCAGGUCUAGAUCGACCAGCGACCAGCGACCAGCGACCAGCGACCAGCGACCGGCGACCAGCAAAUCACUCAAGAUGUCGCGCCCCUCCCUCUUCUCCCGCUCCUCGCGAGACAGCAGUCCCCUCCUUCGACAGCACACCGACGCCGUGUCCCUCCAAAACCUCUCUCCGCGCCCCAGCUCCCACUCCCGCCACGCCUCCCCCUCUCCUCCACCGUCCUUCUACCGCGACGACAGCCGCAGCAGCCAGAGCGAAAACCGCAGCCCCUCGCCGACCCCCUCGCGCACCUCAGGGCGUCGAAUCCAGUUCGCGGGUCCGCCGCCGCCGAUCGCGACGAGUGCGCUCCUCUCCGCCCAGAACACGAGCUUGCGCGCGAGCUUGGAUGGUGCGGCCGUCGGCUGCAGGAGUUCGAGCCCGCGUUCGCGGCUCAGUAGGGGAGGUGGUGGUGGUUGUGGUGGUGAAGCAGGAGGAGGAGGAAUCGACCCCCUGCUAGGUUUGGAGCGUAGAGAGAGGGCUAUCCAGGAGGAUUUACAGCUGUUGCUCGAUGCGCAGUCUGCGGGCUUGGUUCAGGGGUUUGGCGGUGCUGGUGCUGGGGAGGUUUACGGAGGGGAGGGUAGCUCGGAUGCAGGGAGUAGGAGUAGUACGCCCACGGCGCGGAGCUUGCAGAGGAGGUCUAGUCGCGAGCAGAGUAGGGGGGUUGUGCCUGUGAGGCAGCCUAAGGGUAGGGUGCUUGGGUUGAGAGCUGCGAGGAGGUGGUUGUUGAGGGAUAUGAGAGAGUUGGUCAGGGUGAAGGAGGAGCAGAGCGAUGUUUUGAUGUGGGAGAUUGAGAGGAGGGGAGAGAUUUUGGGGACGCUGGAUGCUUGGGAGAGGAAGAUUGAGGGGGUUAAGGGGCGGUUGAGUGAGUUAAGUAGUGGUGAUGGUGAGGAUGCGGUUGCGGGUGGAGGAGAGGAAGUACAGGAAAUUGAAGAGCUGAAGAUCGAGGAGGCGGCGGUGGAGAAUGAGAUUAGGGAGAUGGAAGAUAGGCUUGCGCAGAUGAAAGCUAGGAGGCGCUGGCUGGGAGAGCGGAUUAAGGAGAGAGUUAAUCGGCGAGAAGCACGGUUGAGUAGCUACAGAGGAGCGCUACGGGAGGUCGAGUCGGAAGUCAGCGAGUUCUUAAGAAGGCCUCCUAUACCGGUCUCUAUGGUCAUGGGUGACGAAGAAGGCUUUACGAGCUUACCGACGAGCAGGAGGACAUUGGGGAUGGCUAAAGAGUGGUGGACGAAAGAAGUAUCCAAGCUGAAGCUACGUCAGGAGGAGGUCGAGAACGAGAAGUCUGCGCUGGAAGAAGGUGCUCGGAUGUGGGAGGAAAGUUUCAAGGUUGUUAUGACCUUUGAGGAUGACCUGCGGAAACAGAUGGCCAGUACCGAUGCGCAAAACCUCGAGAUGCUGCGGAAGCAGACAGGCACGAUGGGAGAAGUCAUAGAGAAACUCUCGGGUACGGUCCGAACGGCCGAGGAGAAAGGUUGGAACUUGUUGAUAUGUGCGGUGGGGGCUGAGCUGGAAGCUUUCAAGGAAGGGGAGCAGAUUCUAAGGAGGGCGUUGGGAUUGGUAGUGGGAAAUGGUCAGAGGCAGGUUGAUGUUGAUGAAGAGAGUACGGAUGGCAACUUUCGCCGUGGAUUUGCGGAGUUGCAGAAGCCGUUGGCAAGGAGAGAGAGUCUGUCUAGUGAGGAGGAUGGUCCGAACCUGGCCGAAUUGUUGGUCGAUCGAGGAGACGAUGUUGUUUGA